GUUUUCUGCAGACAGAGAAUCAUUAUAUCAGUGGACCGCAAUAGCUUGAUCGUGCCACACAGAGGAGCUCCAAUAACUUGUACAAACAAGCGCAGCAUGAGCAUGAAAACUCAUGUAAUGAUCCCUGAAUUUCUGGUUGUUCUUCUGAUUGCCGUCUCGACACCUGUGUCGAUCAGCGCUCAAAUCAAUGGUACUUUUGUACCCACUCAAACUCUCGUGCAGACUUCUCUACCGAUCAUUACCCUUGAGAACUACAUGUCUCCGGUGACUUUCACAGCCAUUGUUGCCAGCACCAGCACAGCACAGCCCCUUGGACCAUCGUCGGGAACAGUCACAUACACUGUCAGCGGCGAAGAUGCGUUCAAGUGGGUGAAGGCAAAGCCGCUUGGGACCGGGCUGGUGUCCCGCCUGAGUGUAUCUGGUGUGGCCACAUUAGCACUGAAACGCGCCAGUGAGGGGCUUAUACUGCUGCCAGGGACGUACAAUGUGACGGCAAAGUUCAGCGGCAGUUCAGAUGGCCUGUUCAGCCCCUCGGAAGGCUCUACAACUUUCAGGAUUGCCAUCACAAGCCCGCCUGUGGUUUGGGGCCUAUGAGCAAAGCCCAAUUCUGAAGACAUCAUGCAUAGCAUAUUUCAGGGCAUUAGAGGAGCACAGAUGCGCAACGAUCAGUUUUAUGGUUGGUGGAGUGCACAUUUUUUGCACAAUUGGCAGGAGAUGGUAGCCACGCUGGCGCACUGUCAGCAUGAGACUAAAGGAUCUCUGGAGCUUUGAUUUCAGCAGCUUGUGUUUUUGCAUCAAUAUUAUUGGAUCUCUUGACAGAUACAGCGGCAGAGUAUGACACUGUACUCCUGCGGUGACGCUUGAUUGAGUUGUCCAUUGCGGGAAACCACCUUUCAGGUAGCUUUGAUCUGUUUACAGCCAUGGAUUGGCAGAGUGUAGAAAAGAUACCAGAU